GUUGCCGCACCCCCGUGGGCUCUCGAGCUGGGGCAGCGUGAGUCACUGGACUCCUACCUCCUUCCCAACACUCCCCACCCCCACCCAGUUCAUUACUCCGCAGGAAGAGAAGCCAGGGGACGCAGGCAAUGGACGUUUUCCUGGAGAUUAGGAAGCGGCUGCAGAACGCACUGCUGAUUAUCCGAGAGCCAAAACAAGGAAGCUUGCCCGUGGAUGUUUCUAUAACUCCAUCAGUACUGAAGAUGAAAACUCUCGAACAGUGCAGAGAAAUCAACUUUCCACCAGAGGUCAGGCUUGUCCCUUCUUCCCUUCGUGGGCUACAGUACGUGUCUGGAGAUGGGAUCCAUAUGAGACUUCUCGUUCAGGCUGACUUGAACAAGAAACUGGUGUCCACUUUGAACCAAAGCCUGCAAGCCCUGAAGUGCUAUGUGUUUUAUUGCCAGUGGUGCGGUGAAAUCAUCAUAAAAGAAAGGAAGCUCCUCAGAGUUCUCCCUCUGCCAAGUGGAAACUGGAAUGCCCUGGUUGAAGAAUGGUGUUGCCACCCAAAUCCUUUUGCUAAUAAGCCACUUAAUCCUGGAGAGAAUGACUGUUUUAUUGGAGACACUCACUUGCUGGUGAAUUUAAGAAGUGACUCAUGUGUGCCAGGACCUGAAAUAGCCCAAGCGGAGACUCACCAGCCUUCAGAGAGCCAUUUGGAAUCGAAACCAAAGGCAAAUACCAAGAUAAUUUGCAAGCGUUGCAAAGCAAUGCUAGGAGAAACUGGAUCAUCAGGGACCACAAAGUUUUAUAUCACAGAGAUAAUUAUCCAGCCAUCUGGGAGAGAUUUUGACAUGAUACCAAGGUCUCAGUUUGUACAGAGCGUUAUUGCUCAGUGUCUGGUGGAACUGUCCUCUACUAGAAGCACGUUUAGAUUCACUGUUCAAGGACAGGAUGGAAAAACGUACAUCUUGGUGUGGCUUUUAAACUCAGACAGUUUACUGAUUGAAUCUCUGGGAAAUUCAGAGAGCUCCCAAGCAUUCUCGUUAUUUGAAGGCAUGGAGAGGUUGGAUUCCAACUCCACAGGCAUCUGGAAUGCUGUCAAGGUUCUUUACCGUCCGUGCGUCAAAAAUAGAAACAAUGAACUUGCCAGUUCAUGGGAAAAUGAUAUUGGAGUCCAUUCCCUUGUCCUGCCUUCCCAAACCUGCUUGGAGCUACUGUUGAUAUUAUCAAGGAGUAAUGAUUCUCUGCCACCUUCUCUUCAAUAUAUGAACUCCUUUCAGGUGGCCUUUUUGAAGAUGUGAUUGUUGGAGUCCGGGCAUUCCCCUCUCUGCAAAACAACUUUCCAACAUAAUGCAUUUCAAAGGGGCCAGGUGUCUCUGUGGCAGGCAGCUAUUUUGAAGAAAGGGGUUAAGUUAUAAAA